AUGAUGUGGCUACUAUGGGCACCGGUCGCUCUCGCGGCUGUGAUAAUCGCAUUUGGUCGACUGCGCAAGAAGAUUAAGCCGAAUUAUGGGCUUCCACUUGUCGGGUCUCCCGAUCAACAAAAUCUGUCCUCCGCUAUCAUCGACGGCUAUCAAAAGUAUCAAGACACGGCGUUUGUGGUUCCAAGUGACCCCCCACGGGUCAUGCUUCCAAUGAACCUGUACCAGGAGGUCAUCCAAGCACCAGACACGGAGAUGUCCUUUGCGGCUGAGAUCUAUGACAUCUUCCUCGGCCGUUACACUCACGUCGGAGAAAGUCGAGGAGAAGUAAUCGAGGCUGUACGGGUCGACUUGACAAGGAAUAUGUCCGGUGUCCUCCGACCAAUACAGGAGGAAGCCAAGUUCGGCUUGAACCAGCUGAUUGGGGAUUCGGCAGAGUGGAAGACGUUCAAUACGUACCACAUGGUUCUCCGCAUGAUUGGCCUGAUGAGUGGCCGAGUCUUCGUUGGCCUGCCUUUGAGUCGCGAGGAGGAUUGGAUCCAGGCUUCAAUCACCUUCGCCACGGACGUGGGGAAAAGUCGCAUGGCUGCCCUCCGAUGGAACCCCUGGAUCAGGCCUUUCGUCCUCCCGUUUCUUCCUGAAGUGCGGCAUACGCGCCGUGCGCUCCACAAAGCGAAUGAACAUAUGCGACCUCUAGUCAAGGAAGUUCUUCGGGAUGAGAACUUGCCUGAAGAAAAGCCGGCGAAACCAGGCGCUCCUGGAGCUUUUGUGUCAUGGAUGAUGAAGUAUCUGAGCUCCGAAGAGAAGACUCCUGAGACAAUGGGGACCAACCAGAUGUUGCUUUCAUUCGCUGCCAUUCACACAACUUCCGGAACGGCCACAUUGGCUCUUCACGACUUGCUUGGCCGCCCCCAAUACAUCGAGCCUCUCCGUGAGGAGAUUGCAGAAGUCAUCAAGGAAGAUGGCGUAGAGAGUGACGAAAAUGGACAAGUGUUUCUGUCAAAGUCUUCUGUGGGCAAACUCAAGAAGCUUGAUAGCUUCAUCAAAGAAAGCCAGCGCACAAGUCCAUUGAGCCUUGCCGGUACAUCUCGAAGGCUUCGCAAAGAUCAGACCUUUUCAAAUGGCAUGAAGUUGCCUGCUGGAGCAGCCAUUUCCUUUCCCUUGUGGGCCGUGUAUCACUCUACCACAACGAAGACUUUCAGCCCAGAGUAUAACGCCGAAACCGGCAACGCGCCACCUAGCGAAUUCGAUGGUUUCCGUUUCGCUCGUCUUCGAGACCAACCAGGUCGUGAGAUGAAGCACCAAGCUGCGACAACAGGGCCAGAUGCGUUCAACUUUGGGCACGGCCCGCAUGCAUGUCCGGGGCGCUUCUUCGCUGUUUAUGUGAUCAAGUGCAUAUUCAUCGAGUUGUUAAUGAACUAUGACAUCCAUCUGAAGGGUGUUGCUGGCCUUGAGACUACGGAAAGGCCGCCGAAUCAGAUCAGGCAAAUGAUCGUACAGCCAAACUAUGGGGCUGAGGUCGAGGUUCGAAGGCGGGCGAAGGUUUGA